ACCAGAACUGGGAACAGAUGUAUAGAGGGGUUGUCGAGAGCCUUUACAGUACAGCUUCAGUGUUCUGCCGGUGAAUGGAUACAUGUCGAGCAUGAGGCGAAGGGGGAUGGAGACGCCGCGACAUGUCGUCUGAAAUCAGCAGUGUCGUGUAGUAAGACCCACACCAGCGCCCAGAAUGGCCUGGUCGUCAACUGUAAUGGGAAACAGUCAUGCCGUGAAACCAUGACCGCAACACCCCAAACAAACUGUAACUACACAGAUGCUGCUGCUGAAGUUCAGUAUACCUGCAUCAAAGGUAGUAUGGAUAUGUGUAGUUCAGGUACUGUCAGAACAACAGUAGGGGCGCCCUUGUACCUCAAUUCCCCGGGCUACCCUAACAGUGUCGCUGUGAACAGACGCUGUGCUGUUAGGAUCAAAGGAAUGAAUAUACGAGUAACAUUGGUAGAAGAGCGGAUGAGACAAGGGCUAGUUAACAUCUCAGGUGACGGUAAACAACUCUGGGAAAGCGUGAACGUGGACCAAUACAACAGGGUAUUGCCGGAAACAGCUGCCGAAGUAGUAAUAGUCUAUGACAACCAUGAUCAGGCUGGGGCAAAUCUAUGGAUACGUGUUGAUGCUUCAGGUCAAAUGAACAUAACUUCUGAGCGACAAACAUUGGAUGUGUCAACCACCCCAGUACCCACGCCACAGGCGCCAUCACGUUCACGAGGUACAACCAGUCCAAGUACUUUUGACACACUGACCACUGCAGCAACAACAAGUACACCUAUGACUUCUGUGGGUGAGUGUUACCUGAUGACGAUGUUUCAUGACCCUGGUCAACGGUGUUCAGUUUGA